CCAAAGAAACUCUUAAGAGUGGACUUGGGUCUUGGGUCCAGCAGGUCCAGUAUGAGUUUCUUUCUGGUUCCAAUCUUCCAAUCCAUAUUUCCACUAAUAAACUAUUCUUCUGGAUUUUCCCGGAAAGUAAAAAAGAAAACAAAUGGUCAUCACAACCUUUGAAGGAGCCGGCGUCGGAUUUGGUUUCGGUGUUGGUUGCGGUUUCGGUGUGGGAUGGGGUUUCGGAGGUAUGCCGUUGAACUUAUUGGGUCUUGGUGUAGGUGGAGGCUGUGGCGUUGGAGUAGGACUUGGAUGGGGGUUUGGCUCUGCAUUUGGUAGUAAGUAUCGGUCAUCACAGAUCAGAUUUCAAGGAGUGGAGUUUGAUAGUAAAGAGAAAGGUGACAGCCCUCCGUUGUCAAAACCCACCCCAGAAGUAGUAAGAAGUGCACGGUAGCGUCUGUUUCAUUACAUGUGUGCUUGCACUUUCAACUCAGUGUAUAAUGCUACUUAUUGCAGGGUUACCUAGCCCUUUUGGCAUGAAUAAAUAUCAUUUCUAAUAACAAGAUGCUUGCAGAAGUCCUUUUCAAAUUAUUGUACCGCAGCCUCAAUUUCAGCUCGCUUGUACUGGUAAAUAAAUCUAUCAAUUGCAUCGAUUGAUGACA